AAAAAUGGCAAUUGUCUGAGAAUACAAAAAAUGCAGUGCAACGAACUUUACUACACUCAGGGAUGCAUUGAUAAUACAAACAGUGUCAGUGAUUACAAUAACGAUCAGCAUGUGGAUAGUUGUGGGGAAUCCGGAGUAAAUUUUGCGAAUCAGCAAGAAAGUUUAGCGACGCCGGCAGAUGCAGGUUAUGAUAUCGAGGAUAUUAACAUGCAAAAUAAUCGGUUAAAACCAAACGGAUUGCUGGCCAAACUUGCCCUACCAUGUCAAACCGACCCGAACUAUGCUUAUGACAGUUGUUACAGUUUUUAUGCUAAUGGUUGCUACAAUACCUGUCAGUUUGUGCAGUUUGGGGAUAUUGAAGAUUUUAUGAAUAAUGAAAAACGAAAAGAAAAAUCGAGAGAUGCCGCUCGAUCAAGACGUUCCCGGGAAACGGAGAUUUUCACCGACCUGGCAACGGCGCUUCCGUUGUCCCAGGAACAGGUGUCCCAACUAGACAAAGCCUCAAUCAUGAGGCUUGCAAUCGCUUAUCUAAGGGUUAGAGAUAUGGUUAAUUUAGUGCCACAGAUUUCGGCUUUGGAUGUCAAAAAGUCCGAAAUUGAUGAUACCGCUUUUUUGAAGGCUUUGGAAGGAUUUCUGGUGGUCAUUUCUACCGAAGGGGAUUUCGUAUAUCUUUCGGAUAACGUCAGCGAGUAUUUGGGAAUUUCACAGAUUGAUUUGAUGGGACAAAAUGUAUUCGAGUACAGCCACCCAUGCGACCAUGACGAAAUAAAGGAAAUUCUUUCAUCAAAAGUGCAGGACGAGGCAGACGCUCCGAAAUCCUUCUUUCUAAGAUUGAAGUGCACUUUAACCAGCAAAGGCAGAUCCGUCAAUCUAAAAUCCGCCUCGUACAAGGUGAUCCACCUGAACGGGCACAUUGUCAGGAGCAGUGUCAAGAAAGAGGACAGCGACGAGAAAAAUAUUUUGCAGAGCUGUUUGGUGGCGGUCGGUAAACCGAUUCCGCAUCCUUCCAACAUUGAGGAUCCUUUGCCGCGUCAAACUUUCAUCACCAAGCACAGUCUGGACAUGAAGUUUACCCAUGCCGAGGACAAAAUCUUAGAGGAAGUUUUGGGAUAUACUGCCGAUGAUUUGACUGAAAAAUCAGUGUACGAAUAUCAUCAUGCAAUGGACAGCGAUUCCAUAGGAUCCGCCUACAAAUGCUUGUUCUCCAAGGGUCAAACGGAAACGAACCGCUACCGUUUCUUGGCCAAAAACGGCGGUUACGUUUGGGUGGUGACACAAGCCACCCUGAUUUACGACAAAAUGCAAAAACCUCAAAGCGUCGUCUGCGUCAAUUACGUCAUAAGUGGUGUGGAAUGCAAAGAUGAAAUUUAUUCAGCAUCGCAGCAAUACUCACUAAAUUCGACGACAUUGUGCGAAGAAAAAGUACUAGUUUUACCGAUAGUGACCGUCGAACCGCCACACGACAACCAAACCGCCACCAAAGUGCAACCGGUAACCGAAUUUGUCAAACCCGUUACCGUAACAUCAAAACUGUUCUCCGAUUACGUGCCAACGGCACCGUUCGCUACCUUAAAUCCGGCUAACCGGCCCGCAACGGCCACAACCAAGAUUUUCGCACCCAGAACCGAGGAUAUGAGCAAAGGAUUCCUCACGUUCUCAGAAGAUGAACCAGGACUUACCAUGCUAAAAGACGAGCCUGACGACUUGACUCACUUGGCUCCAGUGGCCGGUGACGUUUGCAUUCCGCUUACCGACGACAAUCCCUUUUUAUCGGAAAUGUUGGACGACUUUCUGGGCAAUAAUUUUGGGCCCCUUUUGUCGGAAGAGCCCUCAGAUCCUUUUAUUGCUUAUAGAGACUACCACGAGUCAUCUACGCCCGAAUUGCUAUCGCCAAACAUGUCAAAGAAUUCAGACAGCAGUUUGCCGUCGUUGAACAGCCCGACUGACUCUUUGGGAGAUGAGGAUCAGAUGUCCACCUUCAUGAACUUACAGGUUGAGGAUGAUGAGUUGGCGUUGAAGGCUCCGUAUAUUCCUAUGAAUUUGGCCGAAGAUUUGCCGUUGCUAAUGUCGGACGAUCUUAUGUGGAACAGCAACGACAGAGACAAGAGCAUACCGGUAACAAAUUCGAGCCUCGCCCAACUCUUAUCCUCCUCAGUGAACAAGCAUUCUUUAACCCCGAAAGAUGGAGGAUUAACCAGCAUAGAUGAGAUAUUAAACGAAAAAAAUUCCUCGAGAUGGUCGAUAAAAAACGUCAAGCAGAACAACAGAAUGGACAGGACGACUAGUUGCAAACGCUCCAACACCGCAGAGUACGAUAUGUCCAACAAGCGGGUCAAAAACGAGCCCAAGGAAAAAAUGUCCUCGGAACUCCUUCAGCAACUCAUGUCCAACAACCACCACAGAGGCAGGCCGAAAGGCAAGAGCAACUGGUUGCUGGAUUCGGGCGGGCAAAAGGCCGCGUGCAUAUCUCAGCCCAGUGACAGUGUGCUAAUGAACCUUCUGGUAAGCGGAUUCGACAUCCGAGCGGGGUACAUUUGCUUGGCCCCCACGAAAGCAAAGAGAUGAAAUCCUGUGUUUUCUUAACGUAACAUUUUUUGUGUGCUGCUGUCUCUCUCUCAGGUGCGACGCGUUGUUACUCUCGCCCGAUUAAAAUUGUAUUGGGUACCUAACAAAUUAUAUUGGCAAGAUUAGCAAAAUGCAAGUGAAUAUCGGUAAGGAGGUUGUUCGGAGAAUUUUUGGCUUGAAAUAGAGGUUGUUGUUUUUGAUUCUACGUUGUUUGACAGUUCAGUUGCUG